AUGUCAUACCGAGCCAUCUUAUCGAAACUGUUUGCCGUCCCUAAUUCUGUCCUGCUCCGGUUUCAGCGCCUGGAUCUUCACUUGGGCCGAAUCCAGAGUCAACUGGACUCUGCUCGCCGGCACUGUAGUCUGGAGCAAGCCAAUGUGUCCCGAUUUACGGGUCAACUCUCCGCCUGCCGAGCCCGACAGACGGUCCUAUGGCAACACCUCCGAUGUCGGGAAAACAUCAUGCUGGAGGCUGGAAACUCUGUCUGCCGCCAGUUGGCUCGAGCUCUCGGCAUCACGGCCAGACAAGUGGUGGGAUCCGUUGUAGAGGGAGAAAUAGAUGCGGAAGGAGGUAAGGAAGGCUGUAGACCGUGUGUCGACUCAGCCGGACUGGUCUGUAGGACGAGGGAACAGGGACGUGGUACCGGAAAGGGGCAGGCUUCCAGAUGGCGAGCCCAAGAAGAGAGUGCGGAGGGGAAGAAAAACUUCAUGAAGAAUUCGGGUGGGGCAGAAAAUCCAGAGAGAGAAGAGGAGGAAACCACAGAGUAUUCUGAGGAAGAAGUAGACUUCAGAUCCAAGGAGUAG